AUGGAAGAAUUGGGAAAUCGCUUGAAAAGGUCCACUAAGAACUCCAAUAAACCUUGCUCUCGAAAUGGAGUUCAUAGGUCUUUUGGAGCAUUCUGGAGCAUAUGGGACAUGAGGAGCAUGGAGGGACUUGGCACAUGGACGCAGCUCAACUGGAUACGCAAAGGAAGAAGGAGAAGCCAUCUUGAAGACCAGCUCGACCGUCUACUCGACCAACCGGUCGAGUUCCUCAACUCGACCGGCCAAGCUUCAACUCGAUCGAGCUGA